CAGCGACCAGCCCCGCCCUGAACCUAGGGAGGGGACAGGAGGAUGGGUGGGACUCAGAAGCACAGGGAGUAGGCCGAGGGGGGAGGUCCUGAAGUCUACCAGAGGAUUGGGUCUGGGGGUGUUAAGAAGAUGGAGUUCUGGGCACUCUUUUUUUUCUCCAGGCCUAGACACAGGACUUGGUUUCUGCCUCAGUUUCCCUGCUUCAUUAAUCAGAGGACAAACAGUACACCAUCCUCACACUUGAAACUUGACACCAACGACUUGGGCAUAAUCAAUAGGGCCUAGAGAAAGGAUUUUAGACCUGAAAGAGUGGUCCUUUAUUUCCUCUUCCAGAUUCCAGUCCAAAUUCUGAGUUAGGACUGUGGUCCAGGAGAAGAAAUUGGAAGUGGAAGCUGGGAAGGGGGCAGGGGGUGGUGAAGGGUCGGGCAAGGAUUGGGAAUCCAGACGCUAAGCCUUGUGCUACAGAAACAGAAAGCUACACCAGGGAGCCUCAUCAAGGGGGAGGUACCCCUUCCACAGCCUGGUCAGCUUUAAUGCUUUCACUUCUGCCUGCCAACCCUGGGCCCCUUUCUGUGCCCCUUGCCCUUUUCUCACUGACAGGUUGCCUUGGAGAUAUCCUGGGAUUAUUGUGGCCCAUGGGGUGGUAGUAGCUGGGCCUGUCAAGGGGAAAAAACAAAAAUCAGACAGAAUAGUGGGAGUGGAGUCCUUGGGGGCACAUGAAUAAAUCAGUAGGGAAAAAGAGUAGCUUUUUCCCUCCUGGUCACCAGCCAGUCUGUGGGAGAAAGAUGUGACAGUCUGCUUCUGUAAAGACUGCAACCUUGGAAACCCUAUGGGGCAGUUGUGCUCUGUCCUGUAGGGUUGCUAUGAGUCGGAAUCGACUCGACAGCAAUGGGUUUGGUUUUGGUUUGGUAUAAAACUUAUGAUCUGCUGAAAAACAGUCCCAGGGUAUGUCCUCCAAAUGGGGUUAAAAAAAAAAAAACCCAAACCCAUUGCCAUCGAGCCCAUUCCAACACUUAUUGAUCCUAUAAGACAGAGUAGAACUGUGCCAUAGAGUUUCCAAGGCUGCAAAUCUUUAUGGAAGCAGGCUGCCACAUAUUUCUUCCGAGGAGCAGCUGGUGGGUUUGAAUCGCUGACCUUUUGGUUAGCAGCUGAGCUCAAGGCUCCUUCCAACCUGGGUAAACACUCAUAAUUUCUCCCACAUCCUAAAUGUCUCUUGUCCAACCAUCCCAUCUCUUUCUCCCUCAUCAGCCUGUGUUCAACAAAAGAUCCACGGUUCCAGAAAACAUGCAAAGACAUAGAAAUGAGAAAAAGGGCUGGAUACUCAAAGAAAGAGACUUGGGGGUGGAGUGGAGUGGAGUGGAGUGACGCGAUGUGCUGCUAGAAAUGAGCAGUUGGUGGUUUCCUCUUGUGCUUCCUCUUCUAUGGGAAGGCCUGUCUCUGAGAAAGAAAAGAUAUAUUUGGUGUUUGCCCCUUUGAAUUGUAACAUCCUCCUAUAAGAAUGUAGAGGGAGCCCUGGUGGUGCAACAGUUAAGAGCUUGGCUGUUCACUGAAAGGUUGGCAGUUUGAACUCACCCAGUGGCUCUGAGGGAGAAAGACCUGGUGAUCAGCUCCCAUAAAGAUUACAGCCUAGAAAACCCUAUGGGGCAAUUCUGCUUUGUCACAUGGGGUCACUCUGAGUUGAAAUCAACUUGAUGGCACCUAACAAACAAGAGUGUAGAAUGAUUCCAUGUGUAUGGGGGGGGUGGGGCAGGGAGGGGAGGAAUUCCCUCCGUGAAUGAUGCUCUGCAGUCAUCCCCCCCUUGGGGAGGGAUCAAAGGAGCCCUACUUCCCAGGGUCCUCUCCUGCUCAAGCUGGUCAGUGUCCUACAUAGACCUUCCUCAGGAAAUGGGGCCGGCCCUGGGAACGAACAGGUUUGGCAGCCUCUCACCUGCCUCUCUUUUCUUUCCUGCAGUGUUAUAGCUGCAAUUACUUUGAUCAUCAAUAUUAACUUUGACUGGCUGGCAUGGAUACUCACAAGAUAUUAAAAAAAAAAAGAUAUCUUGCAUUAAUUCCCCAGAUGACAAGCAACGCUGCCCUCUCCUGGAGCCAUCCAAGAGUGCCCCAUGGAUUUGAGGCUGUACCCCUAAAUCAUGCAUCAGAGAAGUUUCCCUCCUUUCUUAUCUCCUUGCCCUUUCUUUUUUAUCUCAUCUCUUCUUUCCUUCUCCAAGCUUCUCUUUCCACUCCCUCCUCUUCCUCAGCUUGGUAAACCAGUCCCUAAUCUCUUCCCACCCCAGAUUAGAAGGUGUGGCCCUCCCUGACACUCCCCAGAACUGUUACCAGCCUCCCCCAGGUUUCCAUAGUUCCAUUGCUCAAAGUUUUCCAGGGUAACCAUUAACCCAGCCUUCAAUUUGAUCUCCCACUUUUCUCUCUGAAGAGGAUUUUCCAUCUCUGGUCAGCAGAACCAGGUCAUCUCACCCUCACCACCUUUCAUAGCCUCUUGGGUGAGUGGGAUCUCUCCAUUUCAGAGUUCCAGGAACAAAGAUCUAUUUAAGGGAUCUGUUUUAUUAAGUGUGUAUUUGUUUAUUUCUGUCUCCAUCACACACACCCCCUCCACACACUCAAAAAAUAGGCUUCAUGGAGCAAGGACUUAGUUUGGUUCAUUGCUUUGAGAUCAUCACCUGGGCCAGAGUAACCUAACUAACCUAACCCGUUGCCAUCGAGAUGACACCCGACUCAUAGCCACCCUAUAGGACAGAGUAGAACUGUCCCAUAGAGUUGCCAAGGGGUGCCUGGGGGAUUUGAACUGCUGACCUUUUGGUUAGCAACCGUAGCACUUAACCACUACCCGACCAGGGUUCCCUGGGCCAGAGUAGGCACUAAAUAGUUGAUGAAUGAAUGAAUGACACUUUUGUUUUUAAGGGUGUGUAUGUGGGGGUGGGGAUAUGGGAAUGUUCCAGAGGGGUGUGGGUGGACUUAUCAGGCCUAUUUUUCUCUUCUGGAAUUUGGUGUAACUGGGGGGCUGAAAAUUCUAAAUUAUGUCCUGAGGUGCCCUUGUGGGGGUGGUUGUAUUUGCACCCAGCAAACAGGCAAAGGAUGGCUGAGAUAGGAGUCUUACUGCUUAUUUCCGCUUAUUUAACACUCAUGUAGCUUUUACUACGUUUGCCAGGUACUGUUCUAAGCUCUUUAUAAAUAUUAACUCAGAGGGUACAAAUAUUAACUUAGAGCUGUUGGCACAAGUUGAAUUCAUUUUGCUUAUCGCCACUCUCCAGAAAGAACGUGACUCUGGCCCUUUAAGGUUGGCCUCCUCCCCAUAACCCCCUAGUGCCCCAGCCCCUUCCACAAGGCUUGGGCCCCAGCCGGGCCUCCAACCUUCUUGCUUGCUCCACCUCGCAUCGAUCAAAGCCCAGGAACACUUAGAGCCGGAGGGCUGGCUCCUAAGCAAAGGCAGGGGGCGGGAAGUUUGAACUUUCUGGCACCGCCCCUAAUCCAAAUAGGCCAAUCAGCGUCCAGCUUCCUUGAAUCUGCGGUCUACUGCUUCCUCUAGCCCUGCUGGAUUUCUGGGCGGGAUCCGGGUAUAACCAGCCAGCUGCUACUAAGUGGAAGGGCGUGUGCGCGCGCACCGCGCCCUCGCGCCUGCGCCUUCGUACUGCAAGCUUGUCGCAACCUCCGUGACGGAAAAGGCGGGAAAACGCCGCGAGUUGGCUGCGGCUGGGGUGGGGAAGUGAAGCGCGUGAGGCAGGGAUCGUGAGGAGGCGUGUACAUUUCGCCCCUCUGGGCCCUCGGACCACUUCUUUACAAAGUACAGCCGCGGCGUGACAGAAACGAGGGUGGGGAGUAUGGGUUUUCCAUAAUCUGCACUUUAGCGAAAUACCUGAGAAAUCGCCCCCUUAAAGUCCCCCAUACCAAUUCCCCAGAGCUCUCAAAGCUUCCCGCAGCCUUGCCCCUCAGCCCUCUCCCAGAAGUCCUCAGUGGAUUUGGGUUUCUGCGCGCCACUCUACCCCGGCUCCGUCGCGGGUGAAACCGCUUCUGAACCACUUUAAUUUUCUGCAUUCUGCAGUCUCAAACUCAUGGCCUCCUUGGGAGCGACCCCAGGCAGGACGCCGCAGGGACCGGGGCCCGGGGCAGCCUCAGCCAGCUUCCCCAUCCCGACCCCAGUGCCGGCCCCUGGGGAGGUGGAGGAGGAUGUCGACGAGGAAGAGCCGGCAGAGAUCCAUCUGUGUGUGCUGUGGAAUUCAGGAUACUUGGGCAUUGCCUACUAUGACACUAGUGACUCCACCAUCCAUUUCAUGCCAGAUGCCCCAGACCAUGAGACCCUCAAGCUUCUCCAGAGAGUUCUGGAUGAAGUCAAUCCCCAGUCCAUUGUUACAAGCGCCAAACAGGAUGAGAAUAUGACUCGGUUUCUUGGGAAGCUUGCUUCCCGGGAGCCUGCAGAGCCUAAGAGACCUGAAAUCAUAUUUUUGCCAAGUGUGGAUUUUGGUCUGGAGAUAAGCAAACAGCGCCUUCUCUCUGGAAACUACUCCUUCAUCCCAGACUCCAUGACUGCCACUGAGAAAAUCCUCUUCCUCUCUUCCGUUGUGCCCUUUGACUGUCUGCUCACGACACUGGGAUUUACCCCAACUCCACUACUGAUCUCUUUCCAGGUUCGAGCACUUGGAGGGCUGCUCAAGUUCCUGGGUCGAAGAAGAAUUGGAGUUGAACUGGAGGACUAUAAUGUCAGCGUCCCUAUCCUGGGCUUUAAGAAAUUUGUGUUGACCCAUCUGGUGAGCAUAGAUCAAGACACUUACAGUGUUUUGCAGAUAUUUAAGAGUGAGUCUCACCCCUCAGUGUACAAAGUGGCCACUGGAUUAAAGGAGGGGCUCAGCCUUUUUGGAAUCCUCAACAGAUGCCGCUGUAAGUGGGGAGAAAAGCUGCUCAGGCUGUGGUUCACACGUCCAACUCAGGACCUGGGAGAACUAAAUUCCCGUCUAGAUGUCAUUGAAUUUUUCCUCCUACCCCAGAAUCUGGACAUGGCUCAGAUGCUGCAUCGGCUGCUGGGUCACAUCAAGAAUGUGCCUCUGAUUCUGAAGCGCAUGAAGUUGUCCCACACCAAGGUCAGCGACUGGCAGGUUCUCUACAAGACUGUGUACAGUGCCCUGGGCCUGAGGGAUGCCUGCCGCUCCCUGCCCCAGUCCAUCCAGCUCUUUCGGGACAUUGCCCAGGAGUUCUCUGAUGACCUGCACCACAUCGCCAGCCUCAUUGGGAAAGUAGUGGACUUUGAGGGUAGCCUUGCUGAAAACCGCUUCACUGUCCUCCCCAACAUAGAUCCGGAAAUUGAUGAGAAAAAACGAAGGCUGAUAGGACUUCCCAGUUUCCUCACGGAGGUCGCUCGGAAGGAGCUGGAGACUCUGGACUCCCGUAUUCCUUCAUGCAGUGUCAUCUACAUUCCGCUGAUUGGCUUCCUUCUUUCUAUUCCCCGCCUGCCUUUCAUGGUGGAGGCCAGUGACUUUGAGAUCGAGGGACUGGACUUCAUGUUUCUCUCAGAGGAGAAGCUGCAUUAUCGUAGUGCUCGAACCAAGGAGCUGGAUGCAUUGCUGGGGGACCUGCACUGUGAGAUCCGGGACCAGGAGACCCUAUUGAUGUACCAGCUGCAGUGCCAGGUGCUUGCUCGGGCGGCUGUCUUGACCCGGGUGUUGGACCUUGCCUCCCGCCUGGAUGUCCUGCUGGCUCUUGCCAGUGCUGCCCGAGACUAUGGCUACUCAAGGCCCCACUACACCUCCAGACUUCUUGGAGUACGAAUCCAAAAUGGAAGACAUCCUCUCAUGGAACUCUGUGCCCGAACCUUCGUGCCAAACUCUGCAGAAUGUGGUGGGGACAAAGGGAGGGUCAAAGUCAUCACUGGGCCCAACUCCUCAGGGAAGAGCAUAUACCUCAAACAGGUAGGCUUGAUCACAUUCAUGGCCCUGGUGGGCAGCUUCGUGCCAGCAGAGGAAGCCGAAAUUGGGGCAGUAGAUGCCAUCUUCACCCGAAUCCAUAGCUGCGAAUCCAUCUCCCUUGGCCUCUCUACCUUCAUGAUCGACCUCAACCAGGUGGCAAAAGCAGUGAACAAUGCCACUGAGCAGUCUCUGGUCCUUAUUGAUGAAUUUGGAAAGGGAACCAACACGGUGGACGGGCUUGCGCUUCUGGCUGCAGUACUCCGACACUGGCUGGCGCUUGGACCCAUGUGCCCCCAGAUCUUUGUGGCUACCAACUUCCUGAGCCUUGUUCAGUUACAGCUGCUGCCACAAGGGCCCCUCAUUAAGUAUUUGACCAUGGAGACUUGUGAGGAUGGGGACGACCUUGUCUUUUUCUACCAGAUUUGUGAAGGUGUUGCCAACGCCAGCCAUGCCUCCCACACAGCUGUCCAGGCUGGGCUUCCUGACAAACUCAUUGCUCGUGGCAAGGAGGUCUCAGACUUAAUCCGCAGUGGAAAACCCAUCAAGCCUGUUAAGGAGUUGCUAAAAAACACUCAAAUGGAAAAUUGCCAGACUUUAGUGGAUAAGUUUCUGAAACUGGAUUUGGAAGAUCCCAACCUGGACUUGGACAUUUUCAUGAGUCAGGAAGUGCUGCCUGCGGCCACUUCCAUCCUCUGAGAGCUCUUCCUCUGCGCUCCCCAAUUUCGCAAGACCCCAGUGGUACAAGCCAUGCCCUCUUUGUUUCCUUAUCUCUCUCAGACCCAGAGUCCUCGGUUUUCCUGGACAUUUUGUUUCAUAUUAGGAAUAAAGUUUGUUUUGGAUAGAGUUAUUGUUUCCUUAGACCAGUCAAAAUGAAACAAGAGAGCAGGCAGGAGCUGAAACUCCAGGCAGGAGUCCAUAGAGGGACCUGCCCUGCCUCAUUAAAAACACAGUGACACUGCUGUAGGGAGACCCUCAGAUUCUACCCAGGGGGAAUUCAUGAAAACAGAGCACUUCA